GGGGAAGUCCUCGUCUGGGCUUCAUAAAUUCUCAAAAGGAAUAAGUGAUAGUGGACACAGACUUCCGGCAGCACGGUGUGUGGGCUUCUUGGUUAGGCAAAGCUGGGCGCGGAAGCCGGAGCGCUGUCAGAACAACCUUGCUUCCGGUCGGGUGUGUGUGUGUGUAGAACGCUAUGGCGCUUCUCCUUUAACUGCGGUGGGCGGGGCGCUGCGACGCUUCCUGCGUUGCUAUUGGUGGCGGUUGGGGGCGCGGAAACCGAACCCGAGCAACUGCCGCGGCAGCUACUCCAGAAGUCUCGGGCGCCCGCCAUGGCCGCGCUCUGCCGGGAGGACCCUUCACUCGAGAGGCAUUUUAAGGGUCACCGUGAUGCCGUCACGUGUGUGGACUUCAGUCUCAAUACAAAGCAGCUGGGUAAGAGAAGCCAGUGGUUCCAUGGAUUCCUGCCUCAUGAUCUGGCACAUGAAGCCCCAGGCGCGUGCCUACCGCUUCACGGGCCACAAGGAUGCUGUCACCUGUGUGAACUUCUCCCCCUCAGGACAUUUGCUUGCCUCAGGCUCCCGUGACAAGACUGUCCGAAUCUGGGUACCCAACGUCAAGGGUGAGUCAACCAUGUUUCGUGCACACACAGCCACGGUGAGAAGUGUCCACUUUUCCAGUGAUGGCCAGUCCCUUGUGACAGCCUCUGAUGACAAGACAAUCAAGGUGUGGUCGACACAUCGCCAGAGAUUCCUGUUCUCGUUGAGCCAGCACAUCAACUGGGUCCGCUGUGCCAGGUUCUCCCCUGAUGGGCGGCUCAUCGUGUCUGCCAGUGAUGAUAAGACUGUCAAGCUGUGGGACAAGACCAGUCGGGAGUGUGUCCACUCAUACUGUGAGCAUGGCGGCUUUGUUACCUAUGUGGAUUUCCACCCCAGUGGUACGUGCGUUGCUGCUGCUGGCAUGGACAACACCGUGAAGGUGUGGGAUGUACGAACUCAUCGGCUGUUGCAGCAUUACCAGUUGCACAGCGCAGCAGUGAACGCCCUGUCUUUCCAUCCAUCGGGAAAAUACCUGAUCACAGCCUCCAGUGACUCCACCUUGAAGAUCCUGGACCUGAUGGAGGGCCGACUGCUCUACACGCUCCAUGGGCAUCAGGGACCUGCCAUCGCAGUUGCCUUUUCAAGAACUGGGGAGUAUUUUGCUUCUGGAGGCUCUGAUGAACAGGUGAUGGUCUGGAAGAGUAAUUUUGAUGUUGUUGAUUAUGGAGAAGUAAUAAGAAUGCCAAAACCCCCAGCUACACUGGGCACCUCUGCAACGGACCUGCAGUUCUGGAAAUCUUUCCUGAGUGUUUUUACAAAUUGUGAUAUUGGUGAAUGCCGCUGUCAGCAGCUGUUCAGCUGGAAGGCAGGCUCAUUUAAACACGAAGGAUGUACCCACCACUUGCUCACCAGAUCUGGCGCCACACGAAUCCUGUCUCUUCCCAAAGUCAGACCGACCACAAAAGCCAGAAGUGGACCUUCCCAUUCCCACAGGCAGAGGCAGGAGUCCGGAGUCCGUGCCAACCCAGCCCCAGGAACCCAUCAGCAUGCCCCAGACGCUGACCAGCACGCUGGAGCACAUCGUGGGCCAGCUGGACGUUCUCACCCAGACAGUGUCCAUCCUGGAACAGCGGUUGACACUGACAGAAGACAAGCUGAAGCAGUGUCUGGAGAACCAGCAGCUAAUCAUGCAGAGAGCAACACCAUGAUCAGGGGAGCAAGAAUCAGGAGCUCAGUUGAUUUGGAGGGCAGCAGGCCUGAGAUCUGUACUGUGGGACUUGGGGGAAUAAAGGAAUUCAGCUGUGAGAGAAUCACAUCUGUACCAAGCCCCAGGGAUGAAGCACUUGUGCCCUCUACCUUACUGUUUGCACCAUGGGCUUCUCCACUUGCAGCAGAGGCCUCCAGGCCAGGGUCCACCCAGAAAAGGAUGCAUGAGACCCAACUGAUAGGACUACAUUCAGCCUGACACGAAAGAGCAACAUGAAGUGUUUGCUGCCUUGAAGACCUGAGACUGCAGGCCUGUCUGGAGAACCUUGCCUUGCCCUCACCUUUCAGCCGUGUAAUUGGCUCUUCCCCUGGUGUGGCUUGGAAUUUGACCCCUCUUUGGUUGGAUAGACCAGUUUUCUCUGCGUCUAACAAAGGCUCGUCGAAGUCGGGUUGUCCAGGAAUAAACAAGCUUUGUAGAGUGGGCAGUGGCCUUGACUUCUGUCCCACAUAUGUUCA